AGGAAGGGAAGGGGAGCACAGGGAAGGGAAUGGGCAAAGGGGGGAGGCAGGCUGGCUGGCUUUUUUUCUUUUUUUUUUCUUCAACACAUUUUCAUCGCGCCGCUGCAUCUUCAUCGUCUCUUUCAAAUCCAGGUUUUUUUUUUAUGAGAUACCACGCGCUCUAUGAACAAAACAAAUUAUCUUAUAUCUGAAAACUCAUGUUGUUGUUGUUGUUGUUGUCGUUGUUAUCUAUUAUCUAUCUACUGCUUAUACUUUACUUACACAUAUUCUCGUUCAUCUUCGUAUAUACCUACACAUACGCCUCAGGGAAAGAAAUUCUCUUUGGUCAUUCGCGUUCUCUUUCUUUCUUUCUUUUGUUAGCCCCCCUUACUCCUUACAUUUUAUUUUCUGUUCAUAGCAUGUUAUAUAUAACCCUGGUUAAGGGACCUCCAUCGAAUGGACAAAGGCGCAGGAUGCAAACUUCCUCGGAGAAAGGACGGAUUAUAUUAUUGUCAUUUUUUAUCUUCUAUCAUCAUCUCCUUGUUCCGGGAUGAUUGGGGCAGGUACUCGCUGUUUUUAGGGUGGCAGAUUUCAGAUUCAGAUUUUCCAUGAGCAAUGCGGGUCUUCGAGUGGGCGUUCUGGGCAAGAGGAGUAGUAGCAGCAGCAGCAGCAGCAAGCAGAAGAAGGAUGUUUGUUUGCUCUUUGAAAUUUUCUUAUUCCUUUGGGUUUGGUCUGGUUUCGGUUCGGGUCGGCUUCUUCCUCUUCAAGUUCCCAUACGGGACGAACAGCUCGCGCACGCAUUUACAACACAUUUGAAACUUUGACCUUUUCUUCUUCUUCUUCUUUUCCUCUUCUGAAAUCGUCAAAUCCGUACAUAUUAUUCUUCCAGCUGCAUCCUGUUGCAGCUGUCAUCCCCCCACCCCCCCUUUUUUUUUUCUUAAGAAACCCGCCCACACUCCCCCUUAACUUUUUAGACUCAGACCCUCAACGGGCUGAGAGAGUAAAGACAGAGAGAGCAUAUGAGAGAGAGAUAGCGCGCAUGUGAGAGGCGGUCUGUUUCAAAACUACCUUGUUUCCUGCACAUAGAUUAGAAGUACAGCAGCGCGUGCGUAUGUAUGUAUGUAAGUAGAGAGAGGAGCCUUGGAAAUGGGCGUUUCGGUACACUCGGUUAGAAAAGGCAAAGAAAGACAAGUCUUCCCAAAAAAGAAAUCGCCAACAAACUACCCUAACUAGGGGAUGGGGGGGAUUGGGGGUGGGGUGGAAGACAAAUCGGAGUCGCUCAGCUCACAAAACUCUCUCGCGAUUCCUUUCCACCUGCCUGCCACCCACCCCCCGUAAUCUUUCUUUCCCUCUCGUCUGGCUUGGUACGGUAUACACUUGCCUAUUUCGGUAGAUUGUUCAUCUAUAACAGCCCUUUGCUAUAGUAUAAUAACAGAAAAAACCGUUAUUCUAAAUUAUAAUAACGCCGCCCGGAAGUGUCUUUUGCAUGUGUCGAUCCGCUUGCUGACUAGAGCUUUUGCGACUGACUGGAUCGAGGAGCUUGCAUGCUCUCUUCCCACCUGCCCCCCAUUCCUCUCCCUUGCCGGCCGCGGCGAAGAGGCUCCGUUUAAAAGGUUUGGCGGGGGGGUGGUUCUCUUCUUUCAUAGCUACCUAGCUAGGGGAAGGGGGGCCAAGAAGGACUAGGUAGCUAGCAUGACAAAUCCCCGUUUCUGCAGAAAAGGUGGGAGCCGAACGUUGCGAACAAGUAACUACUACAAGGGCAAGCAAAGAGAGUGAGAGAGAUUGGAACGGUCCACCAAGGUGCGUCUUGGUAGGCUCCAGAAGAAUUUCCUGUUCCUGCAGCCGAUGUCGCGACCUGCGCGAGAGAGCGGGCGGGUCAAGCCCUUGUCUUGUCUGCCAUUGUUGUGUUAGAGAAAAGAAAAAAAAGAGGAGAAUUGGGACCGCAUUGCAUUUGCUAUUUUUUUUUUGUUAGGUCUUGUCCUCGAAAAAGAGAGGAACAAACGAAGAUCUUCAAAAUUUAAAAGAAAUUGCGGCGUGUAGAAAGCGCCGAAACAAUGGAGAAGGGAAGAGAGAGAGAGAGCCUGAGAGGAGGAGGAGACGCGCGCCGCAAAUGAUGUGCAAAGCUAACUCAGCAGCAUUCAACCGGUGAUUGCAAAUGGAAGGUCUUCAACAAAAAAAAAAUUGAUUUGAUUUGAUUUGAUUUGA